UCGUCAAAUCGGUGCAGUGCGUUCAGUCCAGUGUUGGUUUUGCGCGCGCACGGCGUUCUCACACGUAGUAUACACACGCGCGCCCGCCGUCGUCCGUCAAUAGUAAUACGAUUUUUGUAUCAGCCGUCGUCGUCGUCGUCGUCGUCGUCCUUCCGCUGUUCCGUACACCGGCGAUCGUCCGCGGCACGUUCGUAAACGAUAUCGGUCGACGCGCGUUACAUCAGCGCGCCCGCUAACACCGUCGUAACAACAUUGGUGCGUUGUAUUAAAUUUUCACGUCGAUCGAGCGCGCGCGCGCGCCCAAACACCGCGGUCUUCGGGGGGGGCGCGUAUAAUUGUGUUGCACCGUUAACAGUGGUGUUCGCGCGAGAAACACGAUCAAGUAUAGACGCCGUCCCUCGCGUAUUUUCUUUUUUUCUUUUCCCGAACCCGCCGCCGAACGGUCGUCCUCCUCUCGCCGUGCCCACCAAAGGCGCGCGGCCGUUAUGCGCAGCCAGCGAUCGUGAUCACCGCCGCGGAACCAUCGACUCGCACUGGACGCGGGUGCGCAUGCAGAUUAACCGACACGUGCCGCCCCAGCAGCCGUCUCCGACCCUUGACCGUCGAGGUCCAUGCGACCUUUUCGCACGCACGCACCACACGAACGCCACUAAGAUCUCACUGAAAUGAGACGUCUCAAAAUUAUAUUCAUUUGUAAGCUGACAAUAUGUUUACUAACAUGGUCCAUAUUUGUAGCAGAUUUAGAUGCACUACGAGGGUCGGCUGUUGUACUUCAAGCAAGAACGAAAGCAGACAAAAAAAAUUCGGACCUGGAUGAAGCAGCGGUUGAGUUGGACGAAAAUGGGGAACAAAUUGUCGAACUGAACGUGACUACGACUACCAAGCCCACGUUGACGGGCAUACCGCAGAUCGACUACGUGCACGACCCAAAUCUGCCCAGAGAACUCAACGGGUACAACUUGUCAGAAUAUCCGUUCUUGAACUCGGUGCCCGAGGAGAUCGAAUUCAAAUGCGACGGGUUGCACGAUGGAUUUUAUGCUAGCGUGCCCCAUAAAUGUCAGCUCUACCAUCAUUGUCUGUUCGGCACGAGGUUCGACUUCCUGUGCGCCAACUACACCGCUUUCGAUCAAAAGACAUUCAUUUGCCAUUUCGUGUCCCAGGUGGAUUGUCCAAAUUCGGCCAAGUACUUCAACAGAAAUGAAGCGUUGUACAAAGCGGCCGAGACGACGACACUAUCGACGACCACUACGUCCACAUCGACAACUCCUGCUCCACCACCUCCGCAACAACAGCAGUUUUACCAGCCACAACAACAGCAACAACAGCCGUUCUACCCGCAGUAUCAGCAGCAACCACAACAGCAGCAGCAAAUGCCGUAUGAAGGACGAAGGGCCAUGCCACCCGGAUUCGCUCAGGGCCGGAAACGCAGGCCCACAUACAGAAGACGUAGGCCCGUGUAUGAGUAUUAUUAUGUAGACGACUAUGACGACCAACAGGAUUACUACGACGACAGCGUCGAACACAUGCCGGUAGCAAAAAAACCCAUCAGGAAACAUUCUAGGUUCAACAACUACAAGCCGACGGAUCUGGAAGCGGAUUACCAGGAGAGCAGUUCUUCCGAAUCGGAUGCGCAGCCAAACGGUAAUUUCAAACAAAACAGAGGACAGCAGCACCAGCAACAGCAUCAAAAACAACCACAGCAACAGCAACAGCAGUACCAAUCGCCGCAGCAACAGCCGCAGCAGCAGCAGCAGCAGCAGCAGCAGGCUACGGUAGUGACGAAAAACGUGUCGAACCAAAUAGGAUCGGUGUACGACAAGCCUAGGGCUCCACCAAAGAUCCGUCGGCCGGUGCCGAUCACCGAACGGGAGCGGUACGAUUACACUUCCGCGUCAAAAACGGGCCAACAGCCAGUGGCCGCUGCUUCGCCGUCCACGACCCCCUCGACUACGACCACGACAACCACUACCACCACCACCACCACCACCACCGAAGCUCCGCCUGCAAAGUCCGUGGCAUCCAAAGGCGCCAAGGAGCUGCAACGGCCGGUGAUCGAAGAACCAGUCGAGUAUUACGACGAUGAAGAGGAAGAGAUGGCCGAAGACGAGUACGCAUUAGAACCGGAAGCGCCGGUAGCCAUCAAGCCCGCGGCCGUUGUCAAACCCGAGCCACCAGUAAAGCCGGCCAAAGCGACCGCUCGGACGUCCGUGGUGACGACGGUCGAUUACGACACGGUGGAUCGCAGCGGCCGGCGGCCGACGUCGGUUACGGCCGCGCGACCCAAAGCCAAUAAUAAAGUGCUGGCCCCGGCACAGCCGCUACCGGUCGCGGCGCGCAUGAGGCCGGCCGUGACUGCGUCAGCGGCGGCGGACGACUACGAGGACGAACUACCGGCCGCGGCCACGCGGAAGUCCAUCGCCGCGGCGACCAAACAACGCGCGUCCGGUCCGUUCUUGGUCAGGCCUCAGAAACCGGGCAAAGUCCGGUCACCAGCCAUGGCCGCUGCGGUCGUGGACGACGGAGAAGAAGAACCCGCGGUCUACCAGCAGCCGCAACGGCAGUCACAGAGGGUCAGCGUCCGGCAAGUGAUGGCCGGGCCGCACAGGUACAGAUCUCCGCAGCAGCAGCAGCAGCAGCCCGUGGACCAACCUCGCGCGCAGUACAGCAACAAAAACGUGAGGGCGGUACCGGCGGCUAACCGGAGGCCAAUGCGACCCGUCUACGAGUACGCGGACGAGUACUACGACGAGUAAACAUAGCGAUAAUAUAAUAAUAAUAGAAUAAUAAACGUGCGCACGACGACGGUCGCGGCCAGCGAUGCGAUGGCGUUACGAAUAGCUAUUAGCUGCAGCCUGCGGCCACUGUCGUCGGACGACGGGGAAAAAAAAAGGCUCAUGUGUAAUAUUAAAUAUUAAUAAUGAUAAUGUAUCAUCGUGUCGGACACGUGGCGAUACUAUUAUCAUCUGUAGACAUAAACGAAAUAUCAUUAUUAUAAUUAUUAUUAUUAUUAAAUAAUUAAUUAUUACAAUAUAUUAUAUACAUAUAUUUAUAUA